AUGCCUUACUUUGCUUUCUCACGAGAACCAGUUACUGUAAACGACUCUUUACUCCUUGACAAUGAUGUGGCGAUUGGAGUGACGAGGAGUUUUGUGACUCCUAAGGAUUUGCGCGUCCUAGGAACAAGGGAUGACAACUGGGUAGUGAGUGAUGCCAUGACAUUGAGCGUGCAAAGUGCAGCAUCUGUUGCAAGUGUGGGGCAUCGCCUCAUUGUGAAAUCCCAUGAGGUGCAAAUGCUAAGAACUUAA